AAACAACAAAGCUGCCUUUAAUGCAGUACUUACACUUAGAAAUUGGUCCUCUCUGUCACAUUUUUCUUGCAGCACAUACUCAGAAAUUGGUCCUCUCUGUUCUCUGUGUUGUAACUUGUGUUUAUCAAUGUUGUCAUUUCUGUGUGCUGCUCUCAUGGUUCUCUAUGUUCCUUUGCCUCCAGAGGACCGCUUCUCUGAGUUUGAAUUAAUCCCUGAGGAGGAUAAUAUCAGAACCCACCAACUGGAAAUGAUCAGCAGCAACAUGCUGAAUGGUUUGAGGAGCAGCUGGAAGCUGAUCUCAAAUGGUCUUUUGCUUUGAAUGGUGUGUUGCAUGCAGCAACAAGCGAGUUCUACGACAUAGUUCUUUUGGACACAAAGCGAUUUGGAAAGGCUCUGGUGAUCGAUGGGAAGUUGCAGAAUGCUGAAAGAGAUGAGUUUAUUUACCAUGAAUGCUUGGUUCAUCCUGCUCUUUUACUACAUGACAACCCAAAAACAAUAUUUAUAAUGGGAGGUGGCGAAGGGUCAACAGCAAGAGAGUCACUAAAGCACAAAGAUGUAGAGAAAGUUAUCAUGUGUGACAUUGACAGGAUGAUUGUCGAUUUUUGCCGAGAACAUCUGACAGAAAAUCAGGAGGCGUCUCGUGACGAUAAGCUCCACAUUGUUUUCAACGAUGCAAAGGAUGAGCUAGAGAAAACUGAAGAAAAGUUUGAUGUGAUUGUGGGAGACCUACCAGAUCCAAUAGAGGGAGGGCCUUGCAAUGACCUUUACACCAAACCCUUCUAUGAGCAAGUCAUAAAACCCCACCUCAAAGACAAUGGCAUCUUUGUCACUCAAGCUGGUCUGGCAGGAAUUCUUUCCCAUAAGGAUAUCUUCACUUCAAUAUACAACACUGUAAAACAUGUGUUCAAAUAUGUGAUUGCAUACACAGCUCAUGUGCCAUCUUAUGCAGAUUCAAGUGGAUGGGUUUUGGUAAGUACUAAUUAAGUAAUUAACCACCAUGAAAUU